AUGGAAAGCAAGAAGAGUAAGGGAAGACAGAAGAUUGAGAUGAAGAGGAUAGAGGAUUUAGACGAUCUUCUAAUCACUUUCUCAAAGCGUAGAUCUGGUAUUUACAAAAAAGCCAGUGAGUUGGCCACCCUAUGCGGCGCCGAAGUCGGCGUCGUAGUUUUCUCGCCGUCCGGCAAACCCUUUUCAUUCGGUCACCCUUCUAUCGACUCUGUGGCCUACCGCUUCCUGAGCAAAGACCCAGUACCGCAAGGCGACACCACCCACCCGCUCGUGGAGGCUCACCGGCGCGUGAGAAUAAACCAGCUCAACCAGCGGUACUGUGAGCUCGCCCGCCUGGUGGAAGUCGAGAGGGAGCGAGGGAAGGCACUCCAGAAGGUGACAAAGGCCAGGGGAAGCAAGGGAUGGUGGGAGGCUCCUCUGGAGAAGCUUAGCUUUCAAGAGCUGCAACAACUGAGCGCGUCGUUAGAGGAACUCCACCAUAAUCUGAGCAACCGUAUGAAGGAGAAGCUUGCAGCUGGGGCCUCUUCUUCUUCCUCCUUUCUUUCUGGAAGUACUCAUCCUUCUGCCUUUCCUCCUAGCUACUAUGGCUAUGGAGGAAAGCAGUACUUCUGA